AAAAAAAAAAAAAAAACUUUUAUUCCCAUUUUUGUCCCUUUCGCCGUUCCUUCGUCCGCAACCCCCCCUCGCUUUAAUAUUCCUUUCGAGCCCAAAUUUUUCUUCCUUCUCUCUUAAGAUUCCUCUCUUCGUAUCUGAGUUUCUUCGUUUCACAGGUCUCUGAAUCGUCGUCUUUCUCAGAUCGGAGAUUAGUAAUUAUCGGAAUUUUGAUUUUUCGGAAGAAAGCUAGACCUAGAUAUAGAUCGAGUUCAGAAAUUGGAGAUCGGAUAUGGCCGAAGAGCACAGAUGCCAAGCACCGGAGGGACACCGCCUCUGCGCCAACAACUGCGGCUUCUUCGGAAGUUCGGCCACCAUGAAUCUCUGCUCCAAAUGCUACAGAGAUUUCUGCCUCAAGGAGCAACAACAGGCCUCGAUCAAAUCCACCGUCGAAAACUCUCUCUCCGCCUCUUCUUCUUCCGCUUCCUCUUCCUCUCAUUCUCUCUCCUCUUCCUUGAAAAUCGCGAUCGAGCCUCUUUCUGUCUCUUCUCCUCCGCCGCCGCCGGAGGCGGUUUUGCCGCGGAGCGCGCAGGACGGCGUCGUAUCGCAGCCGAAUCGGUGCUUGGUAUGCCGGAAGCGGGUCGGGUUAACGGGUUUCAAGUGCAGGUGUGGGACCACGUUCUGCGGGGCCCACAGGUACCCGGAGAAGCACGGGUGCACGUUCGACUUCAAGACGAUGGGGAGAGAAGAGAUCUGCAGGGCGAAUCCAGUGGUCAAAGCCGAGAAGCUCGAUAAGAUUUGACUUAAUCUGGAUCGUUGAAGAGGUUUCGGUUUGUGGAGAUUUCGAUGUGGAUGGACGGCGAUGAUCGCGGG